AAGAGUUUUGACCUAUCUUUAUUACCCAUCAAUUAUCAAUUAUUUAUUCUUCUAAGCUACAUGCAUUUGAUCUGUUUCAUCAACUUGAUGGUAUGUAUAUAUAUUACAUAUUUCAUAUAAUAAUAAUAAUAAUAAGGAGCAAGGGACAAAGGAAAAGAAAAGCAUUUUCCCCGUGCGGCUUAUAUAUAGAAGAAACAAGAGGUGAUUUUGAUAUACAGAGAUAGAUAGAUGAUGUUUUGGGGAUGCAACCAAUGAUUAUGUUUCCCGGUCUGAAUAAAGAGGAGGAGAUGUAUACUAUGGUUGAGGCUUUGACUCAUGUUGUUCGUGGAGAAAUACCUCAAGAAGCUGCUGAUGUUGCUGUGACAUCUAACAUGGCUUCUGUGUCUGCAACACCAUCUACGUCCUCUUCAUCUUAUGGACUCAAUUCUAAUCUCAAAAGAAGUAGGGAAGAUGAUAUACCCUUUCUUGCUUCAUCCUCUGCUGCUAUUCCACCAAUUUCAGAGCUUGCAAUCAACGGGAAAACAAGAAGCGAAAGAAGCGAAAUGGGAGAUGAUGCAAUAGUGUACGAAUACAGAACAGAUCUAAAGAAGAAUGAUGAGGAGAAGAGGAACAAUGAAGGGAAGAGAAAAUACAGAGGAGUGAGGCAGAGGCCAUGGGGGAAGUGGGCUGCAGAGAUCCGAGAUCCAUUCAAAGCAGCAAGAGUGUGGUUAGGAACCUUCAACACUGCAGAGGCUGCUGCCAUUGCUUACGACCAAGCCUCUCUCCGCUUCAGAGGCAACAAAGCCAAACUCAACUUCCCUGAAAAUGUUAGGGUGAAGCAACCACCACCACCAACCGCUUUCACCAUUUCUCAUACUGCUUCUUCUUCUUCUUCUGGUGCAUAUGUGCCCCUUCCACCUUCCACUGUGGAGGCUUCACCACCCAAGUUUUAUGACUUCUCCUCAGAGUUUUCAGACUUCCCCAUCAGUUUAUAUGAUCAGAUGUUUGUGUCGUCUGCAAUGGCUUCUCAUAUUCAAGCUUCUUCGGCUUCAUCGCCAGCGGCAUCGAAUUCUUCCUCUUCUUCAGUGUUUGCUUAUUCUGUAACUUCUGCUCCACAGGCAACUCCAAUUCCUUCUGUUUAUUCUGCUAAGCUGCCGCCAUGGUCUUCUUCUGAAAGAGAGAGGGUCCAAGGGUUGACCGAAGAUGCAGUGGUUGACUAUGUAAGAUCAGCGUACGUCACGCAACACGCAAGCAUAAAAAAUUACUGGAAUAAGACAUUUCUCGAUUACGGAACGACUCACAAAAACAAAUCUCAAAAGGUUGGAUAGGUUUCCAACAAAGAAACGAAUUGAUAAAUUUCUCAAUCAAAUUUCUACAUCCGUCUGAAACAAGUAACAUUAUUUUAUUUAA